AUGAACCGGACACUCAGCAUGAGGGCAGGAGGUGGAGGCCGAUCCUACAGCGCUGCCUCGGCCAUAAUUCCCAGCAGCAACAGGGCUGGCUUUAGCUCUGUGUCUGUGGCACGAUCAGGAGGAGGAGGUGGCUUUGGGAGGCUCAUUGGAGGAGGUGGUGGUGGCAGUUCUGGCGCUGGUGGAGGUUUUGGCAGCAGGAGCCUCUACAACCUUGGUGGUAGCAAGAGAAUUUCCAUCGGGGUCGGAAGCAGCUUCCGAGCUGCUUUUGGAAGUGGAGCUGCUGGAUUUUCUGGUGGGCCAUCUGGAGUGGGUACAAUCCAAGAAGUGACUGUAAACCAGAGUCUACUGGCACCGCUGAACCUGGAGAUAGAUCCAAACAUCCAACAGGUUCGGAAAGAUGAGAAGGAGCAAAUCAAGACCCUCAAUAACAAAUUUGCUUCUUUCAUCGACAAGGUUCGCUUCCUGGAACAGCAGAACAAGGUGCUGGAGACCAAAUGGACCCUUCUGCAGGAGCAGGGCCAAAAAAACAAUUCCAGCAAGAGCAACCUGGACCCGUUGUUUGAGGCCUACAUCAACAACCUGCGGCGGCAGUUGGCCAACCUGCUCAAUGAGCGGGGACGCAUGGAUGGGGAGCUGAAGAACAUGCAGGACCUCGUGGAGGACUUCAAAAACAAGUAUGAAGAGGAAAUCAACCGGCGCACAGCAGCAGAGAACGAAUUUGUGGUGCUCAAGAAGGAUGUGGAUGCUGCUUACAUGAACAAGGUGGAGCUGGAGGCCAAGGUGGAUGCCCUGAGUGAUGAACUCAACUUCCUUCGAGCUCUCUAUGAGGCGGAGCUGGCCCAGCUCAGUGCCCAAGUGUCCGACACUGCUGUCAUCCUGUCCAUGGACAACAACCGGGACCUGGACCUGAGCAGCAUCAUUGCCGAAGUCAAAGCUCAGUACGAGGACAUCGCCACCCGGAGCCGCGCCGAGGCCGAGGCUUGGUACCAAACCAAGUUUGAGGAGCUGCAGGCCACGGCUGGGAAACACGGUGAUGACCUGCGCAACACCAAGGGUGAAAUCUCAGAGCUCAACCGGCUCAUCCAGAGGAUCCGCUCCGAGAUAGAGAACACAAGGAACCAGUGUGCCACCCUGCAGACGGCCAUCGGAGACUCUGAGGAGCGCGGGGAGAUGGCCCUCAAGGACGCCAAGGCAAAGAUGAUUGACCUGGAAGACGCCCUGCAGAAAGCCAAGGCUGACAUGGCCCGGCAGCUCCGGGAGUACCAGGAGCUCAUGAAUGUCAAGUUGGCCCUGGACAUUGAGAUUGCGACCUACAGGAAGCUGCUGGAGGGCGAGGAGAGCAGGCUCAGUGGGGAGGGACUGAACCCCAUCAGCUACUCAGUCAUCAGCUCCAGCUCCGGCAUUUCUGGUGGAGCUGGCUUAGGAGGAGGAUUUGGUGGACUGAGCCUGAGUGGAGGAGGUGGCGGAAGUGGUUUUGGCCUUGGAGGAGGUGGUGGAAGCAGCUUUGGUCUUGGAGGAGGUGUUGGAAAUGGUUUUGGCCUUGGAGGAGGCGGCGGGAGCAGUUUCGGUCUUGGAGCUGGCAGUGGAGGAGGAGGAGGAGGAAGCUACAGUUUUGGAAGCGGAGGAGGACUUGGACUUGGGGCUGGAGGUGGAUUUGGAGGAGGGAGUGGUCUGGGCACUGCUGGCAGCUACAGCCAUGCCGGGGGUGGCAGCAGCACCCUGAGCACCAGUGGAGGGAAUUUCAGCUCUGGAAGUGCAAAAGGCACCAACCCAGGUGUGAAAAUCGUCUCCAAAACCUCCUCCAGCAAAAAGAGCAUAAAAAGCCAAAGCCUGAAGAAUGCCACAGAGCCCGAGUAA